UUUCCAAGUGUGGCUUUCUUUUCAGAGCUCUUCCGCCUUAUACGCUCUUUGCAUCAUUGCACAUUUGUUUCGAUGAGCUGAAUUUCUGGGAGGAUAAAGAGGUUCUUACCCUGAACAACUGCAUUAAAGACGAAACGCCAAACUUUGAAUUAAGACAACCAGCCUAUAGAAUGAAGACGGUCAUCUUGUUUGGUCUGGUGCUGGGAGCGCUCUCUGCUGCAGGAAAAGUUUUCUUUGCAGAAGUUAAGACGAAGGUUACCUUAGAGUGUGGUAUCAUAAUCCCCAAACAUCCCAAAAGACUGGAGUGGUUUAAGGGGAAUGAACUGAUAUGGAGACAGGUUAAAAUGCCUACUAAAGGAAAAAAUGAUCUUGCAAACAGGUCAAAGUUAAAAAAUGGAGACCUGGAUAUCAACUCUGUAGAGGAAAUCGAUGCUGGACAGUUCCGUUGUGAAGUGGAUGGCCAACGUUCUCAACACUCUCUGAUUGUAGUGUCAGUUUCGGUCGAUCCCUCUGGCACUCUCCUGUUUGGCACAAGAGCUACCUUGGAGUGUCUGGUUAAGGAGGACCCUGGGACCACUGCUAGUGUCCAAUGGCGUAAACCCGAUGGUUUGGUCCACCCCAAUGGAAAAGUUGUUCUAAAAUCUGUUGCUUUAUCAGAUAAAGGGACCUGGCAGUGCAAAGUGUCUUUAAAUGGGAAGACUUUUGAGAAAAAUGUAACCAUUAACGUUAACGUACCUAGACCUACAACUCCUGCAGCAAAUGGAAAUCAAAAUUCCCCAGAUUCAAAGAAUGGGGGGGAUUCAAGUUGCGUGGGCUGUGAUGAGCCUGGAGACCAGCCUCAUCUGCUGGGCCUCAUAUGGUGGGUUUGGGUCGCAAUUGGAGCUGGAAGCCUUGUUGUUAUCAUCCUGAUCAUCGUGGUGGUCGUCAUGUACAAGAGGAACAAGAGAAGAAAGAGAAAAUUUCUAAGGAUGAAGAAGGCCCAACUCUCACAGAAUCCCAAGGAGUACUGCCAGUGUGUUCGCCAAACAGCUGCACCAAAGCCGCAGCAAGGACGCCGGAGAGAGAAGCCGUCAGCUCUGUCGCUUCAACCUCUGCUUAAGGACUGACAUGAAAGAGGGAGGAAGGAGAGAUAGAGAGAAGGAGGGAGGGGAGAUGGAGAUAAAGAGAGGAGAACAGAGAGUGAAUGUGCUUUGAAUGUGAAUGAGCAUCUAAAUGAAAAAUAUAAUCAAAUGUAACGCUGUCAGCACUUUGAGCUUUUUCAGCAAAUACUGUAUAGGCAAUGAUCUUUCUAAACAUCCUGUGCUGUCUUCAUGUUUUUUUUUUUUUAAAACCUCCAUCUUUAUCCCUCUUUACCCAGCCCUGACGCAGUCUUGCUUGUUUCUGUUUCUAAAACCUGAAGCAUCGAAGUUCAAACAUCAGAGUUUAAGAAGCUCCAACUCCUCCAUGCUCAUCCGCUUCGUUUUUUUCAUUUGCAAUGUGUGUUAGUCUAGUAUGUAAAAGUGAUAUCCCCUUCUGUUUUUGCUGUAAAUAA